UGAGUUGAUAUUUCUCGGUAGGGGUUUUCCCUCUUUGUUUUUUUUUUUCCGCUUUUUGCCAUUCCUCCUUGAUGUCAUUGGAUAUUCCGUUAUUUGGCUAAUACACCCUGCUGACUUGUAUCUGCUUAUGUAUGUUAUUGUUCUGCUCUGCCCCUGCGUGGGUGUAUCAUGAGCUUUAUUAUAAAAACAAAAACUUCCUUAAUAAAAAUAUUGAAAUAGAAAAGCAUGUUGCAAAUGCUAAAAAUAGCCAAAUACAAUUAUAUUUAUUUUCCUCAUUA